UCCAAGGGAGCCCGGCCCACUUCCGGCUAGUGCCCGCCCAAGCGUCCGUAAAGGAGGGAAUCGCAUAACCGUCCGACUACGUCGCUCCAUAAAGGAGGUGAGUUGAACCGCUUAGUUCCGCUUUCCCGGACGCAGAGUCCUUGGUGGGCUUCCGGAAUCGUAGGCGCGUAUUGUUUUCAGGCUGAGUUUCGUCUUCCAAGUACUGCCGAACUCUAGGUCUGGUUCGACGAUGAGAUCUGACAUUUUGGAGUCGUUCCUCAGAGGAAAUUUGGAAGUCAAAAGCUGUUUCCGGGAGGAGCUGAGAAGAGGAGGCUCACUUCCGGAGAAGGGAGGCUUUCGGACCUGGGAUGGGGAGGCGGAGCAGCUGUGCUUGCAGACACUGUCGCUCUCCCCCGAGCCGCCUCUGGGCCCGGACUCAGGAUGGAGUUCUUCCAGAGAAGGUUGUGCACCGGACCCCAAAAACCUCCUGCCUGGACCGAGCCCAGCCGUCCUGGCUCUGAAGAGCCUCCCCGGGGGCUUGGCUGUCGACCCCUCGCGUGUCAGGGAACAGCGCUUGGGUGUCUGGUGUGUUGGGGAGCCCUUGCAGCCCGGGCUACGCUGGGGGCCGCUGGAAGAGGAGUCCAUGUCUGAGAAGGACCAAAGAGUGAAGCCAUCGCAGGAGGAAGCUCUAUCACACGGCCCAUGGGGAGCUAUGUGCACCAGGAAAUAGUGUUCAGGCUCGACCAGUUUGGUGCAGCAGGCCAGACUGGAGAGUGAGGGAAAUGUGGCCCUGAUUUGGAUCAACAAGAGGCUCCACCUGCAGGUAUACCAGGUCCUGCUGCCAGGUUUUGAGCUGCUGCUGUGGCCCCAGCAUCUGUCAGAGAGCCUGAGCCCAACACAGCUCAAGACAGAGGAUGGGGCAAUGGUGGUGGAAGAAGAAUCUUCUGUACGAAAAGAAGUAUCCUCCCCUGAAGAAGAUACAGCAGAACCUUGCACAGACUUGGGUUACCUGUCACCUCAUAGUAACCAGGCAGAACACAUGAUGAGCCCUGGACCUGUGUCUCCAUCCCAGGACCAACCUUCCAAAGAGAACCAACCCCUUGGCCCAUUGCUUCAGGGUGGCUGCGUGGAUGAGGAGCACCCACUGCCCGCAGAGACGUCCCCUUCUGCCAGGGGCACCCAGCCACAUGCCUUCUUAACCAAAAAGUUACAUGUCCCCAGUGACCAGCGCCUACCAGGAACAAAGACCUCAGAGCCUGGGGCCCAGCUCUUGGGCUUUCCUGUACACUUAGGAAGACUGCCUGGCCCAGCAAGAAGCUCCCCCAAACAGGGGCGCUGGUACCCAUGUGGGGAAUGUGGCAAGGCAUUCCUGCAGCUGUGCCACCUUAAGAAGCAUGAGUUCAUACACACGGGCCACAAGCCCUUCCUGUGCACAGAGUGCAGCAGGAGCUAUAGCUCAGAGGAGAGUUUCAAAGCCCACACGCUGGGCCACCGAGGCGUGCAGCCCUUCCCCUGCCCACAGUGUGACAAGGCCUACGGCACCCGGCGAGACCUCAGAGAGCACUAGGUGGUCCACUCAGGUGCCCGGCCCUUUGUGUGUGACCAGUGUGGCAAGGCCUUUGCCCGCCGGCCCUCCCUGCGGCUCCAUCGCAAGAGUCACCAGGCGCCUGCUGCCCCUGCCCUGUGCCCAUGCCCAGUGUGUGGGCGCUCCCUGGCCAACCAAGGCUCCCUGCAGAACCACAUGCGUCUCCACACGGGAGAGAAACCCUUCCUGUGCCCACACUGCGGCCGGGCCUUCCGCCAGCGGGGCAACCUGCGCAGGCACAUGCAGCUGCACAUGGGAGAGUGCCCUUACAGCUGCCCACACUGUGCGGCCUUCCCCCAGCUGCCCGAGCUGCGGCGCCAUCUCAUCUCCCACACAGGGGAGGCCCACUUGUUCCCUGUGUGUGGGAAGGCCCUCCGAGACCCACAUACCCUCUGUGCUCACGAGCGCCUGCACUCCAGGGAGAGGCCCUUCCUGUGCCCCCAGUGUGGCCGGGCAUACACGCUGGCCACCAAGCUGCGGCGUCACCUGCAAUCCCACUUGGCUGAUAAGCCCUACCGCUGCCUUACCUGUGGCAUGGGCGAUGCCCUCCCCCAAGGCCUCAAGCGGCACCAGCUUAGUCCCCAGCCCCAGGGUCCUCCUGCUGUCCCCUCUGUGCCUCCUGCCGCCUCUGAACCCACCACGGUGCUCCUGCAGACUGAGCCGGCUCUGCGGGACACAGGCAGCCAACAGGAAGUGCCCCCAGGCAGGGAUGUGGUCGAGGUGAUCAUUGCACUGAGCCAGGAGAAGUACAUUGUAGGGCCAGAGGAGCCAGGUCCCGGCCCCAGCAUGGUGCUGAUCCAUAAGGAUGCGGGCGCGUUUGGUGGCUGGGCUGACAUGGAGGAUGGGGAGGCAAGCACCCGACCCAUAAAGACUGUUCUCGCUCUACAUGUUUGGGUCCUCUUUCUCUUUGCGUCCCCUGGCCGGUACAGGAGUGUCCUGAGAGAAGCAGAUCAGGACAGCCUUCCCUGCUUAUGCACCACUAUUGUGUCCAGGACUGCGAGUGACCUAGCAGAGAUGUUUGUAUUGCGGUGGGAGGGGCAGGCUGCUCUGCCAGGCCAGGCCAGGCCCCUGAGCAACAAGCCCUUAGAUUUGGAAUGAAACUGAAUGGCUCCUGAGGGUUGAAAUACAGCUUGGCCCACAUGUCACAUGUCUGCGGUUCAGGCUUUUGAUGAUUUUGGCAGCUUCUCGCGCCACCAAAUGGGCUGUGAAGCCAGUCAGCCAUCUGGGUUGAAGGACACGGAACUUGGGAGUGGCGAGGGCAGUAUCUAUUGUGCCCUUCCGUGUAUCUGCCCUGCAGCCCGCACAGCUGAAGGAAGGGGCAAGGUAUUCCUCUGUGCUUUGUAUCUGCUGGGCUGGGCACUGUGCCGUUUCAUUUGGUCUGGGGGCUUAGGAAGGGCCUGGCUCAGAGGUGGGGGUGCCAUGUGUGACCAGUCCUUACAGGAGCUACUUCUGUUAUCCUUGUUUUACAGAUCAGCAAACAGGAACAGUGUGUUAAGUGUCACAGUCUGUAGGCUGGGAGUCUAGCUAGGGCUGGAGUUAAGCUCCUCACUUCUGCUUCUCUGCCCCUGGGUUCACCCAUGACCUCGUGAGUGAGUGCAGAUGUGAAUGUGCACUGUGGGAAAUCCACAGAGGCUGGGCUGGGCAGGCCUCUAGGAAAGUGACCAGCAGGGACUGAACAAUGGAGGAGAGUGAGCCGAGCAACGUGGGGGGAGAAGCUGGUCCCAGGCAGCGGAAACGACAAGCAGCGUGACCAAACAAGGGCAAGCAGCAGAGGGACAGAGAGGUCUUGCAGGUUCCGUUCAGGCUUUGGAUGAUGAUCUUCUCUGCUACCUGUGCAAGAAUUCAGACCGAGUGGCUAAGGAAGAGCUCUGACCCCUGCUCACUUGACCAAGUUAGGUCUCUGGGGUGGUGUGGAGGACAUUUCUUACUUAGAUAGUGGAUGGGUUUUGAGUUUGAAGUGCCUGUGAGGGAUAUCAUAAGUAAGCAAAUAGAAAAAGAAAAGACUAUGUCAGAGGGAGAGGUAUAGCCACCAGCAAAUAGAUGGUCAUCAGAUCUGUGGGAUAUCUAUGUGCUGGUGACUCAUGACUAUUCAGGAAGCUGAGAUCUUAGGAUCAUGGUUUGAAGCCAG